AUGGGUUUUAAACACCCAGAUAGUGAUGGAGGAAGGCUCCAUUCUGCUGACAUGCUUGAUGAUGAGACUGCCUACAACGAAGACAACAUAAAACAUAAUACCGAGGAAAAACUUCAAACUUUGCAUGUUGAAGGUGGAAAUGUCAUAGCCAACCUUGCGGACAAUGAUAGAUGGGGUGGGAAAGCUUUUGACCCCUCAAACGAUAAUGGGGUAGAAAAUGGAAUAGGAUUUGACCAAUAUGAACCAUACCAGGGUUAUGACGGCAAAGGUGGAAGUGAGAACCAAAGGAUAGGAUAUACAGGUGGUUCUCCUGCAACAAGAAGUUCACAAGAGAAAUUAGGCAAAGAACAGAUUGAUGCUGCAGCUUUAAACUCCCCCAAUGAUUCUAAACCUCGGAAAACUUGCUACAUUUGUGGGGGUUCUGGUCACAAAGUGUGUAAUUGCCCCAAAGAACAUUCUCCGUGGAGAAAGCCAACCAAGUUUGAUCUUAGGGAGGAUGAUGAUGCCAAUGAAAGUGGUAGAGGCAAAGGAGAGCUGGAUAGAUGUGGAUCCAAAUCAUGGGGAAAACUGCAGUUGAGUAGGGAUGAUGUGUCGGUAAGGAGACAGAAGGAUAAUAGGAUAGCAUCUGGUUCACGAAACCCUCGGAGGUUGAUAAAAGGUGGAAGCUCCCCUGUAACAAAGGAAGCUGAUGGCGAGCACGAACAGGACAACGGAGGUAAGAAGAGAAGGAGGAGGGAAAAUGGAAGCCUUAGACAAAGUGUUGCCAAGAAAGCUCGGAGGCCAAUUUUGUCUUCUCACCAUUUCAAGUAUAGCACAUCUAGAUCACAUACGACUUCCCAAUUGUCAAAGUCUCCACCAAAUUCAAAUAGAUCAAGAUCUGCAUCUUCCAGAGCUGAUUCCUUGUCUUCUAAUUCAAGGUCAACUUCUAAAUCGCAGUAUUCUGCAUUCAGAAGUUAUAAGACUAGGUCAAGCCCAAUCUCGCCAACAUCCCUGUCUCUGUCACCAUCCUCUUUAAAUGAGGUGCCAUUAUAUCUGAAAGGCUCUCUGCAUAAUGCUACUACUCCUGAAUCCAAGGCCAUUCUAGUUGAACAAGGACAACUAGUAGACCGUAACGCUGACUCGGAGAAUUUUAAGAUUGAAAAGCCAAUGAUGGUGGGGAAUGAAACUGUACCAUCAUCCUCUAAAGUAGAAGAUUUGGAAAAGGACCAUCAUAUGGAGAGGAAUGAGACUGACAACCAGAUUAUGUCUGGGUCAUUAUUUGAACUUACAAGUCUAAGCAAGAUGCUGUUGGAUAAAGGUACUCUUAAUGCUCGGAGUUUAUCUCCCGAGAAACUAGGAGAGAUAACUGAAUUUCAAAAUUCUGGGGUAUUGGAGAUGGAGCAAAUGCCACCACCAAUCAAGAAGCCAGAUUCAGAAAUGAUUGCCAAUACCCAGACUAGCUGUUCAACGAGCAUAUCAUCAGAGGAGAUGUACAUGGCUCUGAAGCAUUAUGGCCUUGAACUCCCCAAAGAAAAUGAAAGGCAUCUAUCCGUCGAGGCAUACUUUGUUUCUGCUAGCUUGUGGCCUUGGGAGAUCAUUUACUUCAGGAGGCUGAAAAAGGGACCUAUGUCAAUUGAGAACUAUGCCAGGCGGGUUGCUCAGAAUAAAGAGUUUUGUAUUGUGGAUAAGUAUAUCAGAAGCAGUAGUGGAUGGGGAGAAUCGGGUGAAGACAACUCUUGA